CAACUAUCAAAUUUGAGAGUUUUUAAAAGCUCCAUAGCAUCGUAGUAGGCCGUUGUUUGAUGAAGUCAAAGACUUCGAAUUAACAUCCUUGAAGUCCACUAGCGAUCGAGCGUGAGAGUUUUAAUGACUUCAACUUCCGCAAACCACAAACGAAACUUGAGACCUCGCCUGAAGCCAGUGGCGUCCGAGGGAACGAAGUAAGGCAGCAACAACUAUUCCGCUGGCGGCAACGGACGCGUAACGAGCCCUCGAAUGUACCAUAAGGACGGAACCGUAGAUGUGAAGCUAUUAGCCGACCUUGGGUACAUAGCCGACCGUCUCCGGAAUCUCGAGCAGAAGUGGGAUCUCACCGAGCUGAAGGAUCUGCACCGGCGCAUCGUGCUAAAGUUGGACGAUCCGCCCACGAGCGUACUGCGCUUACGUCCGACCCUUGCCGCUCAGACGCCAACACGAUCGGCACCGCCGCCCACGGUUCCACCGGGGUCGCCGGACCAGCUGCAGCGGGAAGAACCAGAGCCGGACUCCAAUCAGUUGCCCGAGGAACUAUCACCCGGGACUUCGCUCGAGGAGGUAUCGUCGGUGGCGGACGAAUGUUGGGCCCGAUCGGUCGUCUCGGAGGGCACCGGUGGCAGUGAUGAGCGGCAGGACCAGCAGCAGCCACUUCCAGCAGAUCACGCCAACGACGACCGGACCGAAUUCAGUGAUGCCAACGAGCGGGUCCGCAAACUAGAUCGGUUGGAAAAUCUGGUCAUCGCGUUCUAUCGCACCUGUGGACGCGGUGAAUCGGGACGUGCGCGAGCACACACGCGAAGCAAAUCUCACAGCCCCGGUGGACAAGGGGAUCCAAGGGAGGAGGAUUCGAGAGUGAAGAAGUUUAAGAAGAAAAAAACGAGAUCGAAGCGUAACGACGAGAGGUCGGUAGCGCUGGACACGGAAGAGCAACAGCAGGGCGGCCAGUGGCAACCACCGGCCGAUCGGGAACGUACUAUGAACCAAGGCACCGACCUGGAUCAGCAGCAGCAGGAUCUUCUCCCGAGUGCAGCAUCGACGGUGUCCGACUGCGCGCUACUUCUUCCCACCAACGACGAUCCGGCGGCGGUGGAGCCAGCUCUUCCCACGAACCAACAGCCGCCACAGAACAUACCAUCCGCGGUUCCCUCACAACCGCUGCGAUCGAUUUACGACGGCGCGGAAGAGGGAUUGGCCGCAGCCGAUCGGGAGCAGUCGCUCGACGAGGAGGAGGAUACGGUAACGCUGACCACGGAAACGAGCAGUGAAUGCUGCAGCCAGCAGACGGUCGUGGCAACGGGGCAAGACGACGACGAAGCGGUCCGACCCGAUUCACCGGCAAGGCCCCAACGAGCCGGUGCCAUCGGGCGCGGGUGCUUCGCAAGGACCGGAAUCGGUAGUGACACCUCCAGCGCCAGCGAAGACGAACACGAGGGCGUCAGUGGGUCCUCCGAUGAAGACAGCGGCGAUCAAGGCGAGGAGAAUGGUGCUACCGUACGCAAGGAGAAACUAUUGGCUGGACUGAACGGUUCCGAUCAACCGACAGGGUCACCAACGACGCGGCGGUGUUCGGGCGCGGAGGGUGAACCGGCAGGCUGUGAUCAUAGCAAACGGCUGCGAAGGCGAAUCUCGGAACUGACGAACAACUUCUGCACGCCGAAGCAGUUCCAGCAGAUGUACGAUAACCUGGACAACAUCACUGACAACGACCUGAAGCUGCUGAUUAAGGAACUGAAGAGGAAGAUUGAAUUUGCCGAAAGGAUGAACUGGCUGUGUUUAUCGAGCCGACCGCGCGGUCCACCCCAUCGGAAAACUAGCCUACCAAAGCACACGGACGUGAAGAAGCGCUUCCUGGAGACGUGCGACCGGACGCUGCCGGACGAGGUGAAGAACGCCCUGCGGCUGCCGGCCUUCGAUUCGUACGAAUGGGAGGACUGGGACGUGAUCCACCUGAUGCAGACGAUGUUCGUCGAGCUGAAUCUGCUCGAGAAGUUCAACAUACCGAUCGAGACGCUGCGCGAGUGGCUGUACGAGGUCUACAAGCACUACAACGACGUACCGUUCCACAACUACCGGCACUGCUUCUGCGUUGCCCAGAUGAUGUACGCCAUCACCUGGCACACGAACUUGGUUCAGCGGUUGGGCGAACUGGAGGUACUGGUCCUGCUGGUGGCCUGCAUCUGUCACGAUCUGGACCAUCCUGGAUACAACAAUAUCUACCAGAUUAACGCACGAACCGAGCUAGCACUAAGGUACAAUGACAUUUCACCGCUGGAAAACCAUCACUGCUCGAUCGCGUUCCGAUUGCUGGAGCACCCGGAAUGCAACAUAUUUCGCAACAUGAGCAAGGAGAUGUUCAAGGACGUCCGCGAAGGAAUUAUCCGGUGCAUAUUGGCCACCGAUAUGGCCCGUCAUAACGAAAUCCUCACCCAGUUCCAGGAGGCUACCCCUAACUUUGACUACACCAACAAGGUUCACACCAAUCUGCUUUGCAUGGUGCUGAUCAAGGUGGCGGAUAUUUCGAACGAAGCCCGUCCGAUGGACGUCGCAGAACCGUGGGUCGAUCGGUUGCUGCUGGAGUUCUUCGCCCAGAGUGCGGCCGAAAAAUCGGAGGGUCUACCGGUGACACCGUUUAUGGAUCCGGACAAGGUGUCCAAGCCGGGUAGUCAGGUGCGCUUCAUUGGGCUGGUGUUGUUGCCACUUUUCGAAGCCCUCGGUGAGCUACUACCGGAACUGACGGAUCUUAUCAUCACGCCGGUGCGAGUUGCCCUCGAUUAUUACAAACGUCUCAACGAUGCCGCCAACAGGACCCGCCGGUCGAUCGCCGAAGCGGAAGCGGCCUCCUCCGAGAGCGGCGGCUCGCCCCAGCUGCCCCGCUCCCAGUCCGGCAUCAGCGUCAAAUCCCGACGUAGUAUUCCCUCGCAAAAGUCCGCCUCUCGAACGUCUGUUGAUGAGCCUAUUUUAAUUGCAGCGGAACUACACGACCUUCCGGAGGGCAGCGAAAGUGGCGACUCCGAGACGGCCACCGAAGUCGACGUGGCGGAAAAAACGGCCAAGUUCAAGGUUGACACGGAAAGCAUCCACCGCAAACAGUCGCACCCGAACUCCCGGAAGGGUAGCCGCGAGAAGCGCCCCUCGAUGAUCGGUGAAUACUACACCACAGGUACGCGCACCCGUGGCUCCCACGGCAACAUACAGCAUACUAAUAAUCGCACGUAUUUUGGUUCGAAUCGCGCCAUUAGCCUAGACCAGUACAGUAACAACCGGCGCAUGUCGGACGGCGUCCCGAUACAGACGGUCCACUCGGAUAACAGCGUGCUGUACUACCACCACCAGCGGCAGCACCGCAGUCUCGACCACGACACCAUGUGCUCGUCGUCGGACAAGAGCACCAGCCUGAACAGCACGCACGAGGCCCCCGGACGGGGACACGAGGACAGCGAAAACAUGAACCUCAACGUGCCUCCGAGCACCGGCAAACGGCUGGGCAAGCUGUUCGGCAGUGGAACCACGGCAGCCACCGCCGCGGCCAAUCUGAAAAACAAUAACGGUGGUGGUGCCGAGGGGGCCGGCAAAGGUGGUGGACCUGCGGUUGGAGUUACGCCGGCGCAGACAAGCUCCGCGGGCAAACACUUUAGCCGGAUGCUCAGCUUCAAUCAACAGCAAAAGCUCGACAAACUGCGCAACAACAACAACAACCAAAGCAAGAACAAUAACAACAGCAACAAUAACAACAACAACAACAACAACAAUAUUAGCAACAGUAAGAACAAAAACAGCAACCUAGUGAACAGCAGCAGCUACGCCGUGCGACAACCGAACCUAGCGGCUGGUGGUGUUGGUAACGAUAUGGUAACGUCGGGAGCAGCGGGAGGUCGAGUACGGCAAGAAAGUAUUGGCAGUGGAGGCGGCACCACUGGUGGCGUUGGUGGCGCUGGUGGACUCGAUGGGACCAUUUCCGGGAGUGUCGGCGUAGCGGAUGGUGGAAGCGUAGACGAUCGAGGAGGAGGAGGAACAUUUGGAGGCGGUGCAACGACGGGAGCUACGGGUGUUUCGUCUACGUCCGGAUCGAAGUCCUUCAUGUCCCGGCUACGUCAGCUAACCGGUCGGCUUAGUUUCAGCUUCGACUCGAAGGAAUCGAAGAAGCUGCAUCUGAUCGCGUCCGGCGCGGCACAUACGACAGCGGUAACGACAGCAACGACAACGACUGCGGCGACAAUACCGAUGAAACAUGCCGAUCACCAGCGAUCAAAGUUGACGAUCACGAAAGGCCACCUUCUGGAGGGUUCGCGUACGGUCGACAUCGGUGGACCGGUCGCAAUCUGUGGCGGUCCGGGUAUGACGAUCCAACAGCAACAGCAUCAGGGAGCAGCCCUCGGUGUCGGGGGGGAAUCGUUCUAUUCUGGUGGGCCGGUGGUCAUGAGUCAACCGAAAUCCAUCUCACCCAUCCUGAUGCAACAUCGUCACAGUGAGGUGCUCGGUUUGGGCGGGGUCGGAGGCUCAGCCAGAGGACGCGCGUAUAGCUUAGAUGUACCGAUCGGGGGACGCAACUGUUGCCGAAGUCUCUCCGGUAGUACGACCGGUGGUGGAGCCGGUUCAAGCUGUGGCGGAAGCCACAAGAGUCUCACCUUUUCGCUAAACAACAAGUCCCUGAACGAGGACAAUGAUGCGGGCAGUUUGGCGCUAGUUUCGACUGAUCGUAAAUCGAGCUCCGUGGCACCGAUGCGCAACGGAACCGACCCUUCGUUGUUGCUCCUGAUGGACGAUCCUUCCACCUCGUCCGUGGGUGGUGGCAGCAAACCGGGUGGAGGGGAAGGAAUUUGACAACAACAGCAACAUCCCCAGCAGCAACAUCUUUACCAACAGAUACAUCACACAAAUUCCUCCUACGAACCAUCACUACAAGGCAUCCUGCUCACCUCGACCUCACUUCAAGCCGACUCACCGUCACAAUCCCACCAACAUCUCGGGCCGGCAGUAGUCGCAUCGGGAACUCGCGGUGCUCGGCCCUCGGUCGACUCGGACCGGCGGGCACCAUUUGCCGAAUCCGAAUCCAUCUCGUCCAAGCACACGUCCGCGCUGGUGAGCUACUGGAUCUGUCUCACCGAGCGGAUGAGCUCACUGAUCUGCAAGUGCUGCGAACGCACUCUUCCACCGGCGGAAAGUGUUUAGUGUUUACCCGGAAACCGAAACGAUUUAAUCUAGUUUUUGGGAAAAGAAAACCAAAAUCCACUGGUAGAAAGGGAGCGAUAGGGCUUUAGGUAGACGCGGCAGGUGAGUGGCUCACGUAUUGGUGGUGGUGAUUUGGGAAACAUUUGAUCCGGACAGGACCUGACCAACCCCCCUAGCCCUAGCCUCACGGCAUGUUUUAGCUCACGUGGAAGCGAGGUUUGAAGUCGUAACGCAACCAAGCUUUAGCUUUUUAUCUACUAGACCAUCACUGUAAAUAUCUACGAAUGUUUUGUUUGAACGAUGUAGUAAAUUCGAAAUUAUGUUUUAAUCUAUCAUAUUCAAUAGUUCCUUGUUUUAUUUUAUUUAUAAAAAUACUGUUUAUUUCUUUAAGUUUGUAGUAAUUCUAUGAUCACAGUGCUUAGAGAGCCUAAUGGCUGGUUUAUCAAUCGUUCUGCAACAAUGCGCGGAGACAGUUGUGGACGGAAACAAUAAAUAUAUUGCCAAACGUUAGGACAUUAGUAAAAGAAUUCGACAAAUGAUACUAUUAAAAAGAUAAAUAUGGUUCCCAUUGUACGGGAUAGCGAAUACGAUAGACAGCAGUACAUAACCUAGCGAUAGCGGGACGGGCCAUGGGGCAGGUAGAGGGCAGCCACCCACCCCUUCGAUAUUCUAGCUUCACACUACAACAAACUACAGCCCAGGAACAGAUCUGCUAAUGAAACAUAUCACUACACUUACCUUCCGAUCGAACCAUUACAUGCGUUCCCAGUUUUUCUACCGCGAUCAGUCGCGUCCCGCUUGGACGAGAACUCCCGUUUUUCUACUGACCACAAUUUUACACCAACUGGAGACUGUAAACUGAACCAAAAACCCAAACUUACUGCAGCAGUAGAUGAAAAGAAACUCAACUCAACGCGGUCUAGCCAAAACUGAAGGCUUUGUAAAUUUAAAAACCGAUCGUAGACGAGGACGGAAUGUUAUAGAGACAAAGCAUUGUUGGCAGUGGUAGUGGCAAACCCGAAUUUAUACGGAUGAGAAGCCAAUCAGAAAGGUAAAGUUGAUGGUUCAUCAAUUCAAGUUAAGUAGUAGGAAAGUUGCAUAGGACGUUUAGCAAAGAAUUCCGCAGAAAAUGUGCAAACAGGAUUAAAAACGCUUUGCUACAACAAUCCCCUGCUGGUGCGACAAGCUCCAAGACAAAUAGAACUAAUCGUAAUAAUCAAUGCGAUAGAUAAUUCCUUUCCCUGGUUGACCGAAUGCUUGUUAGCGUUACUAAUCCGAGCUUCUUCUAUCCUUACCGAAGACUGUAUGCGAGUGCCACUGUGAGAACAAACAAGUGCAUCAAACAAAUCAAUUAGUGCAUUUCCGUAUUCUUUGGCGUAUCUUCAUCAUCCGCACUUUGUUUUCGUUUUGGUUUUACUUCUCUGUCUCUCCUACUCUCCCAAAUGGAGUAACCCACAACGAACGUGGUAUCGAUUUUAUGACACAAUCGGAAAGUUGAAAUUGGAAAGUUUAAAGUGCACAACAUGUUGUAUUAAAUCACAAAGAGGAUCAAACAUUUAAAGAAAAUUGUAAACAGUAUAUGAAACAAACAUAUAUGAGGGUGAUAUGGAAAAGAAUGAAACGAAAGACAAGAGCAUGGAAAGCAUAGAGAAUUUGGGCGAAUGCGAACGGUAUCACCUAGAUGUAUGAUAUUAUUAGAUAUGACUAACAAUCAUGUUGCAGGCGACAUUAUAAAUAAUAAUAAAACAAAGAAAACCAAUUGUCUACUCAAUGCUUACAAAUGCGACGUAUUUAUGUGUACGAUAAAAUCAAGAUAGAGAGAAAAAAGAAAAACAACCACACACACAAUAGCGAUUGCCUGCUCAUAUUUGGAAACAUUACACUACACUAGCCGCAAACGAAAGUCCGUUACAGUAGAAAUAGCAAAAUGUUGUUCGAUAGAUAUUAUGACCACCGUAUGACCAUCAUCGACUCCCAAAAACCGCCCACCUCUGGCACACUUUUGUCCAGCGCGGGAGAAGCAAAUAGAGGAAUGCACAACAACAAGCAGACGCAAAUGCAUAUUAACUUCUAUUUCUAUUGCUCUCUAGCUUGUAGGAUUGAUUUGGCAUGUCCUAUGUAUAUCGCGCUCGUUGUCAUUUGACUUUUCUGCUCUAUUUUAUUUGUAUUUAUCAUUUCCCAUGUCUGUAUUUAUUUUUUUACGUUGUUUUAUGUAAAAAAAAAAGUCAUUGCCGAGAAGUGUUUUGAU